UAGCCUGCUAGCAAAUCCAUUUAAUGUGACAUUAUGGGGGAAGACUUUUGACUUUAUAUUUAACAUUCCAUUUACAAAUUAGCUUUGACCUUGAGAAUUUUGAAUCAAGUAUUCCAUUCAGAAUCUCAAAUUAAAAUUCCUGAACUUGGGUGGGCGCUCAACAAUUGCCUAACCAUUUGCCAUUUCUGUACUUGUUUUCUCAAUCAUGGAGAUUUGGUUAUUCAUCCCCAUCUCCCUCGCAGUCUCUAUCCUCUUAAAGCUCGUCAUCAACCAUCUCCUCUCCACCAAGAAUUCCACCCACAAACUCCCUCCAGGCCCAUCUCCCUUGCCCAUCCUUGGCAGCUCUCUAUGGCUAACCACAACAGUCUUCGAUCUCGAGUCAGCUCUGCGCUCUCUCCACUCUAAAUUCGGUCCACUCCUCACUCUCCACAUGGGCUCACGCCCCGCCAUCUUCAUCGCCGACCGCUCCCUCGCCCACGAAGCAUUGAUCCAGAACAGUUCCAUCUUUGCUGACCGCCCUCCAGCUCUCGGAAUGGAAAAGAUCAACACUAGUGAUCAACAUACUAUCAGCUCUGCUUUCUAUGGACCUACGUGGCGCCUUCUAAGGCGAAACCUCACCGCGAAAGUCCUGCAUCCUUCCAAUAUCAAGUCCUACUCGCAUACCAGGAAAUGGGUUGUGCAAAUACUCAAAGAUCGUCUUGAAUCAGAGUUUAAAGAGAGAGGAAGGAUUCAAGUAAUGGGUCAUUUUCAGUAUGCCAUGUUUUGCUUGCUGGCCUUUAUGUGUUUCGGUGAUAAUCUUGAAGAAGAUCAGAUCAGGAAGAUUGAGGAGGUCCAGCGUCAAUUGUUAUUAAAUUUUGUUGAAUUCAGUGUGUUCAGCUUCUGGCCAAGUGUGACUAAGGUUUUGUUUAGAAAACGAUGGGAUGAGUACAUGCAAAUCCGAAAGAAUCAAGAAAAUGUAUUGAUUCCUCUGUUAAGAUCAAGAAAAGCACAAAGAGAUAAAGAAACGGAUAGCGUGUUGCCAUAUGUUGAUACAUUGAUGGAUCUUGGACUCCCUGAUGAGAAAAGAAAGCUUGAAGAAGAGGAAAUAGUUAGUUUAUUAUCAGAAAUUCUCAAUGGAGGCACAGAAACUACAGCUACAGCUCUGCAGUGGAUCAUGGCGAAUUUAGUUAAAUACCCACAUAUCCAAGAAAAGCUAUACAUGGAAAUUAGAAGGAUAGUCGGAGAAGGAGAGGAUUUGAUCAAAGAAGAUGAAUUGCAAAAGAUGCCUUUUCUAAAAGCGGUGAUUUUAGAAGGUUUAAGACGGCAUCCUCCGGCACACAUGGUGGUGCCACAUGCGGUUACUGAAGAUACGGUACUAGACAAAUAUUUGAUACCAAAGAAUGGGACUGUGAAUUUCAUGGUAGCAGAGAUGGGGUGGGAUUCGAAGGUGUGGAAGGAUCCUAUGGCGUUUAAGCCAGAGAGGUUUAUGGGCAGUGAGUAUGAGCAUGAAGUGUUUGAUAUAACCGGGAGUAGGGAGAUUAAGAUGAUGCCGUUUGGAUUGGGAAGGAGAAUGUGCCCUGGACAUGGUUUGGCAAUGCUACAUUUAGAGUAUCUGGUGGCUAAUAUGGUGUGGAGUCAUGAAUGGAAAGGAAUGGAUGGAAACGGUGUUGAUCUAUCAGAGAAGCUGGAGUUUUCAGUAGUGAUGAAGAAUCCAUUACAGGCUCAGAUAUCUCCUCGCCGGCGCCAUAAGUUAAUCAUUGACAAGAUUUAAGUCUUAUACGCCUUUGUUACGUAAUUUCGCUUCCUUCCCAAGCAUGCUGUGAGUUCUCGAACAACUUAUUGAUUCUCGAAUUUCUUUUGUAUGCAUAUAAGAACUCCUGCCUAGAUGAUGUAUCAUCUCACGUGAUUGUAGAUUUACGUCAAAUAUUAAUGGUUUUCUUAUAUAAAUUAAUUGAAAUGUUAAUAAUUUUUAUUUAAUACAUCUUAAAAUUCACUUAAAUAGUAAAUUUGGAUCUAAAUAAAAAUUACUUAUCCUUAAAAUAUUUGAAGAUGCUUAUACUUUUAAGAAUUAGUGAAGCCUAAUUGGAUAAAAUAACUUUCAAUUCCAAAAACAAAGGACUUAGCGUUCUGAUUUGAACUUCCUAUAACCACUCAAGUAUAGUAGCAUUCCAGGUGGGGGCACUUUAUAUUUUUCUUUCCAUCGAUUACGGCAUCAAACGCCGUCCAAUUAGUACCAUCCUGAUUGAAUAAUG